AUGACUUUCCCACAACCGCAACAACAACCGCAACAACAGCAACAGCAGCAGCAGCAACAACAACAGCAACAGCAACAACAGCAGCAACAGCAACAGCAACCAACACCCCAACAGCUACAACAUUUGCAACUACAACACCUGCAGUACCAACAGCACCAACAGUAUCAGCAGCAUCAUUACUACGCGCCGAAUCAGCAUAACCAGCACAAUCAGCAACAGCUUUACCAUGGCAAACCACUUCAGCACGCUCAAUACGGCAGACCUCGUCAGCCAAUGGAUAGACCUAUGCUCCUGCCUGCCAACAUGUCGCCGCCCUUGCUUUCUGUCAGCAUGUCACCGCCCUUACUUCCUGCUCAGUAUCCUUCUCUUGCCACUACUCCGCUUAUCGUUCCUUCGUUUUUGCCGGGAGGAGUCACUGAAUUCUGCAUUAAUUGGACCAUCACACCCAGCCUCUCCUCAAGUUCUUCUUCGAGGUCUUUUAGCAAGCGCAAGGAGAUGUCUUCUACGCCUUCGGACGCCCCCAACCCCAAGGAGAUGAAGCCUAGUGCGGCCACGAUCAAGGCCUCGGAACCAUCUUCCUCCUGGGGCACUAGACGUGCAGGGUCCAACGGAGGCCAUAACUUCACUGAUUCAAACGACCGAUUCGACGUGGAUGUGGAGGACGAGGAUGAGGAAGAGAGCGAGGAGGAAACGCUUGUGAGACGGCCCCGUCCAGAGCGUCAAACGUCGGGUCAAGGAACGCAGUCAACAUCGGCGCCAGAGCGCCAGCAGCGGGCCCAGUCGGCCUCAACACCAGGACGAUCGCCGCAAGCCCAGCGGACCCCAACGCCAGGUCGACAGCAGCAAAAUCAACGUCAGAGGAACCAACAGGAAGAGCGGGACCAACCAGCGCAGUCGUGUACACCAGCAGCAGUCUUAGCGAAGUCGAAGAAGGCCUCUGAGCUAUCAAUGGCAGAAGCCCUUGCCGAGUUCACUGAGGUGUCGCGUGGCCAGCUGGAGUUAGCGCAGAUGGAGUCGAAGCGGAAACAUGACCUCGCCCUCAAGGAGCAGGAACUCGCCCUCAAGGAGAAGGAGCUCGCUAUCAGGCAACAGGAACUCGUCGAGAAUGAAAAGAAGCGGGAACACGAGAGGAAGAUGUUAGACCUCCAGUUGGCUGUUUUGAGAGAGAUGAAGGAAUGCAAAUCAUCGAGAGCGAUGGUCUUGGAGGGCGAGGAAGAUAUGCGGCGAUUUAGCAAUAGAGAGAUCACGUUCAAGCUUCCGGACCUUGACUUUUUAACUGAAGUUGUGGGUUUACCAGAAAACCCAUCAAGAUCGCAGCCAGGAAGUCCUUCCAAAAGUCCCAAAAGUCCCAAAAGUCGAUCAACAAGUCUAACCAAAAGAUGA